CGGAUUGCGAUGGUGGGAGGCACCGUGAACCAAGUUAAAUCGAGAAAAUACAAAAUGAUGCAGUUUACCUUGGGCGAUCCUUAUAGUCACAGAAAGUGUGAAUAUCUUAAUUCCAAACCUGUGGAACACUGGUUCAGGGUAGCCUACACUAUUCACCACUAUUCAGGGUAAAGUUCACGACUGCGUUGGCGGUGACCUCAGCAUGCUACAAAAGGCUUGAUCUCCUCACUCAUGGUUGUGGCCAAGGGCUCUCCUCGCACCGCUAAGCUGCUUCAACAGAAGGCUCCUCUACUCUGUGCAGACUUUACUCAGACUGAAGCUAAAUGGAUACCCUGGCACAGAAGCACUUCGCUACGGUCGAUUACGUCAUAUUUGCCCUCUUGCUGGCGGCCUCCAUGGCGAUAGGAGUGUACUAUGCUCUGUCCGGGGGCCGCCAGCGGACGACGCAGGAGUUUCUGCUGGCUGACCGGAGCAUGAGCUGCCUGCCUCUGUCCCUGUCUCUCAUCGCAUCCUUCCAGUCAGCCGUGGCCAUCAUAGGUGUGCCGGCAGAGAUCUACACCCACGGCACGCAGUACUGGUUCAUCGGCGUGGCCUACGUCCUGGGUCUCAUCAUCCCAGCGCAUGUCUUCAUUCCAGUGUUCUACAGGCUGCAUCUGUCCAGCGCCUACCAGUACCUUGAAAUGCGGUUCUCCAAAGCGGUGCGCAUAUGUGGAACGGUCACCUUCAUCUUUCAGAUGGUUGUCUACAUGGGUGUUUGUGUGUAUACUCCUGCCUUUGCACUCAAUGCUGUUACUGGAUUUGAGUUAUGGGGAACAGUAUUGGCCACCGGGCUGGUAUGCUCACUCUACACAGCACUGGGCGGGCUGAAGGCGGUCAUCUGGACAGACGUGUUCCAGACCGUGGUGAUGUUCGCAGGACAGCUGGCGGUCAUUGUGGUGGGCAUCCAGAAGACAGGGGGACCGGCGGAGGUGUGGAGGAGAGCCGUGGAGGGGAACCGCAUUGCCGGCUUGGACCUGAACCCUGACCCAACAGAGAGACACACCUUCUGGACUCUGGGGGUGGGCGGCGUGUUCCUGAUGCUGUCCCUGUACGGGGUGAACCAGGCUCAGGUCCAGAGGUACCUCAGCUCUCGAACUGAGAGGGUCGCAGUCAUGUCCUGCUACAUGGUGUUCCCCUCCCUGCAGGUUGCUUUAGCGCUGAGCUGUGUGAUGGGCCUGGUCAUGUUUGCUCAAUACUGUGGUGAGGACUUCUCCGACAGGAUAGGCACCUCCUCUAAAGAUGCGAUGGUGUUGUACUUUGUCAUGGACAUGCUCCAAGGUCUGCCUGGGUUGCCUGGACUCUUCGUGGCCUGUUUGUUCAGCGCUGCGCUUAGCUCUAUCUCCUCUGCCUUCAACUCCCUGGCAACUGUAACCAUGGAGGACCUCAUCAAGCCCCACUUCCCCUCCAUGACUGAAGCCAGAGCCACGCUGCUCUCCAAGGCCCUGGCCUUGGUUUAUGGGCUGGUGUGUCUAGCCAUGGCCUAUGUUACCCAUUUGAUGGGGGAUUCAGUAUUACAGGUGGCUUUGAAAGUCUUCGGCAUAGUAGGCGGCCCUCUUCUAGGCCUCUUCUGUCUGGGGAUGUUCUUCCCAGGGGCCAAUACUACUGGUGCGCUCACAGGGCUGGGGGCGGGGCUGGUCAUGGCCUUCUGGGUGGGCAUCGGGAGCAUCGUGACCCGGACACCAGGUUCCCGAGCCCCGUCGAGCCACAACUGCUCCGGCUCUCUGCCACGGAACAUCACAGCUGCAAUGGGGCUCACGCUCCUCACCUCCUCUGAGGGCUCCAGCCGACCAGUGGGGCUUCUCAGGUUCUAUCAGCUGUCGUACAUGUGGUACAGUGCCUUCAGCUGCUUCACUGUGAUUCUCACUGGCUUGGCUGUCAGCUUCCUGACUGGUCCUAUGAAAGAGGAGGAGGUGACCCCAGGAACCAUCUACCCUCUGAUGACCAACCUGCUGUUCUUCCUGCCAGAGAAGCUCCGAGUGAAGCUGUGUCGUCUCGCUCCCAGGGAGGUCAGGGCGUCUUCUCCGCAGUGCCAACUUUCAACUCUCAAGGACAGCAACGGGCAGGCCCUCUGGAGGGAGGAGGGCUCGGAGCUGGGCAAGACAGACAGUUUUUUACCAUGUCAAACACAGAUCCUGGAGCACGAAACGGCAUUGUGAAAAACACUCGCCUUACCAAGCUGAGAAAGGUGUGAGAUGAGAGAGGAGGGAUUAUUUAUAAUAGAAAGUAUUACGGUUUGAUAUUGAUGUAAAAGUUAACUGGAAAUUCACGUUGCACUAACCCACAGCAUUUUACAAGACCAAAGAGAAAGGAAAUGCUGUGGUGGUUUGGGAUGAAAGAGUUUGGUAUGAAAGCAAAGCUUGUUCUUGGAUGUCGUGUUUACCUGUGGUUUAGUUCCCGUAAGAUUCCGCGGUAACUAAAUAAUUCGAUCACAACCAAAAAAAAAAGUUUGACUUGUAUUUAGCCUACUGUUAUGAGCCAUUAACAUUCAAAUUCUUCCAUUAACUUACAAUGAGGCAUAGCAUGGCUACAUGAUGAUUGCUGAUAUUGCUGCUACUGUUUACUGCGGAUUACAUAUUGUCAGUCGCCUGUCAGUCACAGUGCGUGGUUGGAACUCUGUGCCUCGUAAAACUAAAGAAUAGGGGGGGGGGGGGAUGUGGAAUUACAUAUGUUAUGUUAAACUCAAAAAACAUGCCGAUUUAAAAUACUAUUGUACAGAUCUGACAAGUAUCGCACUUCUCAGUCCCACUUCUCAUUCCCACUUUGUAGUAUGUACACGAUCAUCAAUUCAAUCACAAGAUCUAAGUUUUAUAAAAGGAUGCUCAUUUUAAAACAAUGCCCAUUUGUACCG